AUGGAUGCAUUGCUGGAUCCAUUACCACUCUCACAGGGUGACCACUACUUUGACGCAGAUGGGGUCCGCUUUCACUACCUUGUCCGCGGCACGGGGCCACUCAUGAUCAUCCAGUCAGUCGGUUGGGGGAUGCCAGGUGCCUACCUCUGGAACGGCAUGGGACCUCACCUCGAAGAGAAUAACACGGUGCUAUACUUUGAACCCCGCGGCAAUGGCCAAUCGAGCAAGCCCACGGACACAUCGACCAUGACCGCCAAGACUAUGGCCGAGGACAUUGAGCACCUACGCGUGUAUCUUGGGCUAGAUGUCCUGCCGCUGCUGAUGGGCGGCUCUCACGCUGGUGCCAUUGCUUUACGAUAUGCCGAACGUUAUCCUUCUCGUGUGGCUAAGCUGGUUCUCUUUUCGACCCAAAUCAUGGACGGUCCUCCCAACAACCACACGCGAGAGUGGAUCAUGAAGCGCAAAGAUGAUCCAGCAUAUUCGUCUGCCGUGGCGAAGCUGUCCGAGAUGAUGGGUUCGGGUGGCCCAAAAACUGAUGAGGAAUUUGGAGCCGCUAUGGAUGUGCUUCUUCCUUGGUACUUUUCCGACGUGACCAAGGCUGAUGUCCUGCGUCGCCAUAUCGCCAAGGAUUCAGCUCCCCCAUCCGCCUUCGCUUUCCAGACAAAUUUAAACGAUGCCAAAGAGGAAAACAAGCUACCAAAUGUUGCAGAAGCCGGAAAAGUAACGGCCAAAACAUUGAUCAUCCGAGGAAGUGAGGAUCCGAUGUGCAGCCCACAGGCGUCGCAUGCGAUUGCGGAAGGAAUUCGGGGCUCAAGACUGGCGAUCAUUCCGGAGGCGGGGCAUUUUCCUUCGAUUGAGAAGCCGGACGAAUUCUGGAGCGAGAUAGACACGUUUUUGGACUCUUGA